AUUCGAAACCAACACCACUCGUUUCAACAUCUUUAUCACAAACUCAUGUCUCAUUUUUUUUACAUUGCACUCAUCGUAUAGGCAUCAUCUAUUUACUUAAUUACUCUACCAUGGCAAGUCUGAUAUUUAUUUACCUUGCAGUUCUAGUUACUUUUCCGCUUCUUGCAAAUGCUGGCGCCGACUGCAAUGGUACAUGCAAUACUAUGGACGACUGCAAUGGCGAGCUUACUUGCAUCGGAAACAAAUGCGACGAUGAUCCGGACGUCCACACUAGCAUAUGUAAAGGAGGUUCGGCUGCGCCAACUGCUCCGCCUAUUGGAUUCAUCUCAAACUGCGACGGCGCAUGCAAUAACGGAGGAGACUGCGACGGCCAGCUUAUUUGUAUUGAUAGAAAAUGCAACGAUGAUCCUGACAUUGGAACUAAUUUGUGCAAAGGAGGAGGAGAUAAAAAGAAGUCGAAAGGGGGUCUAGUAGCAGUGUUCAUUACCAUUCCUCUUCUGAUCUUCAUUUCCUUGAGUUAUUUAGCUUGGCAUAUCUGGAGGAAAAAACAUAAGAAAAAAGAGGCAGCAGGGGAAACAAACGAGAAUCUAUUAUAUCAUAAUCUGGAAAUUAGUAACAAUCAAAAUAAAGAGAGCGGUGAUUUAACUUCUGGAAGCAGACCAGUACCAGGAGGGGAGAAAUAUGAUUUCAAUUUACCGCAGUUCAGUUUUUCGAGCAUAUCUGCUGCCACAAACAACUUCUCCCCUGAAAAUAAGCUCGGAGAGGGUGGUUUUGGACCUGUUUACAAGGGCAACUUGAUUGACGGGAACUCAGUAGCAGUUAAAAGGCUUUCGAAAUGGUCUGGACAAGGCCUGGAAGAGCUAAGAAAUGAAACACUUCUGAUUGCCAAACUCCAGCAUAGGAAUCUUGUAAGAAUCGUAGGAUGUUGCAUUGAACAAGAUGAGAAGAUACUGAUUUAUGAGUACCUGCCAAACAAAAGCCUGGAUCUCUUCAUUUUUGAUCCUAGUAAACAAUGUCUCUUGAAUUGGAGCAUACGAGUUCAAAUAAUUGAAGGUAUUGCUCAGGGACUUCUGUACCUCCAUAAACAUUCCAGACUGCGUAUAAUUCAUAGGGACUUGAAGGCUAGUAACAUUUUGUUGGAUGACGAGAUGAAUCCAAAAAUAUCCGAUUUUGGUAUGGCAAGAAUUUUCGGAGGAGAUGAGCUGCAAGCAAAUACCAACCGGAUUGUGGGAACUUACGGUUAUAUGUCCCCAGAGUACGCCAUGGAGGGCUUAUUUUCAGUCAAGUCCGAUGUCUUUGCUUUCGGGGUCAUGCUACUGGAGAUUUUAAGUGGGAAAAAGAACACUGGUUUCCGCGAUUCAGAAUGCCUCAGUCUUCUUGGAUACGCAUGGGAGCUGUGGAGAACCGAGAAGGUGCUUGACUUGAUAGAUCCAAACCUGGAAAUACCUCCUUCGUUUUUGCCACUGAGAUACAUUCAUGUAGGCCUUUUGUGCGUUCAAGAAAGGCCAGCUGACAGACCAACAAUGUCUGAUGUUAUAGCUAUGUUUAGCAACGAGCUCAUCAAAGUGGCAUCUCCCAAUCGCCCUCCUUUUACAACUGGAGGGAGUUUAGGUUCAAGUUCAGUGAUCAAAAAAGGCGAAAACUGUUCGGUUAAUGAUAUAACUACUUCGGUGAUGGCCGGUCAUACAGUAUCAGAAAUCUUGGAAGUGACUCGCCUUCUGUCAAAUGCAUCCUACUUCAGUCAGAUUCCUGAAAAAUUGAAAUUUGAAAAGUUCUUCAAGAUGCUAGUCUUUAAGCAGAUGCUUCCAGCUAAGAAAACAGAUUCAUUCAAGCUGCUGAUGCUCGCGUUUCUCUGUACAUUCAGCAGUUUCAAGACUACCCUUGGAUUGGACGAAAUCUCAUCAGGUAAAACCGGUACUGGGAAUCAGACUUUUCGCUCAGGUCAACCACUCUAUGAAGAUCAGAGAUUAGUCUCUAAAGGAGGCCAGUUUGAAAUGGGAUUCUUCUCUCCAGGUAAUUCUGCAAAUUUUUAUGUUGGCAUAUGGUACAAGAAUAUUUCUGUCCAGACAGUAGUUUGGGUAGCGAAUAGAGAGACACCCAUACGUCAAUUUUACAAUGGCUCUCGACUAGAACUAACUACAAGUGGAAAUUUGAUACUAUUUGAUGGUUUGAGUAAGAGAAUAUGGGCUGCAAAUAGUUCUGUGGGUUUAAGUUCGGUUCCUAAUAAAGGGGUACUUCUUGAUGAUGGUAAUUUUGUUUUGAGUGACGGGUUGACCAUACUAUGGCAGAGCUUUGACUAUCUAACAGAUACGUGGCUGCCUAGUGGGAAACUUGGAAUUGAUAAGAGCUUGAUCAACCAGAGACAGCUCCUCACUUCCUGGAAGAACCCCGAUGACCCCGCUUUAGGGAAGUUUUCAUUUGGGAUGGAUCCAAGAGGCAGCCCUGAAUUUUUUAUGUGGAAGAACCAGAAACAGAUACUAUGGAGGAGUCAAGUUUGGAAUGGAAAUAAUUUUGCUUUUUUCCCAAAUCUUCUGACGAACUUCAGCUACAUAAUAAAUGGUCAAGCUAAAUAUUUCACAUACAAUAUUUCUGCACCCAUCGCUACCAGAUAUGUCAUGACUUACAAUGGGCAGAUUAAUCAGUUGGUGUGGUCAGAGAGGUAUCAAAAGUGGGAACUAAUUUUUUCACAACCUGCAGAUAGCUGCAACAAUUUUGCUGUCUGUGGUCCUAAUGGAUUUUGCAACAUCACUUCUAGUCCUGCGUGCAACUGUUAUGAUGGAUUUCAACCGCAUUCGCAAGAAGAGUGGCAGUCUGCUAACUGGUCCGCUGGAUGUAUCAGGAAAAAACCCCUGCAGUGUUCCAGUAAUGGUUUUAACCCCGUAUCUGGAAUUUCAAUGCCUGCAAAUUCACAAAUUAUGGAUUUGGAGAGUGCCCAAGUGUGUCAAUUUGCAUGUUCGGGCAACUGCUCAUGCACUGCUUAUGCUUAUAAUGGCGGCAGAUGUUCAUUAUGGACUGGAGAUCUACUGGAUACACGAGCAUUAGUGGAUUUUCAAGGAGAUUUAUAUGUCAGAUCCGCUGAUGUUAUUUUAGCAAAAGGAAAAAAGAAGUCAUCUGUUCUGGUGGCACUUUCCAUUACCAUUCCACUUCUCGUCUGCAUUUCACUGACUUAUUUAUUGUGGCGUAUCUGCAGAAGAAAACAUAACAAAAAAGAGGCAGGGGAAACAAGCGAGAAUCUGUUAUUUCUUAACUUAGGAUUCAGCAGCAAGCAGAAUACAGAUAGCAAUAACAUCAUCACCGGAAGCAAACCAGGAGGAGAGAAAAAAGUCUUCAACUUACCACAAUUCAGUUUCUCAAGCAUAUCAGCUGCCACAGACAACUUUUCCCCUGCGAACAAGCUUGGAGAAGGUGGUUUUGGGCCUGUUUACAAGGGUAACUUGUUUGAUGGGCACUCUGUAGCAGUUAAAAGACUUUCAACAAGAUCUGGACAAGGUCUGGAAGAGCUAAAAAAUGAAACAGUAUUAAUUGCUAAACUCCAACACAGAAAUCUUGUAAGGCUAUUAGGAUGCUGCAUCGAGCAAGAUGAGAAGAUUCUAAUUUACGAGUACAUGCCAAACAAAAGCUUGGAUCUUUUUAUUUUUGAUCCGAGUAAGAAAUAUCUAUUGGAUUGGAGAAGUCGUGUUCAAAUUAUUGAAGGUAUAACUCAAGGGCUUCUUUAUCUCCAUCAACAUUCUAGAUUGCGCAUCAUUCAUAGGGACUUGAAGGCGAGCAAUGUUUUAUUGGAUGAUGAUAUGAAUCCUAAGAUAUCCGAUUUUGGCAUGGCAAGAAUAUUCGGGGAAGAUGAGCUGCAAGCAAAUACCAACCGCAUUGUGGGAACAUACGGUUAUAUGUCCCCAGAAUAUGCCAUGGAGGGCUUAUUUUCAGUAAAGUCUGAUGUCUUUGCCUUCGGUGUCUUGCUACUAGAGAUCCUUAGUGGAAAAAAGAGCACAGGUUUCCGUCACUCAGAUUGCCUCAGCCUACUUGGAUAUGCAUGGGAGUUGUGGAUCAGCGAGAGGGUGCUGGAGUUCAUAGAUUCAGACCUGGAAAUACCUUCCUCAUUUUUGCCACUGAGGUUUAUGCAUGUCGGCCUCUUAUGCGUUCAAGAAAGUCCUUCUGACAGACCGACUAUGUCCGAUGUUUUAGCUAUGUUUAGCAAUGAACAUAUGCAACUAGUUUUUCCUAAAAAACCUGCUUUUACAACUAGUGGUAGCUUGGGCUUAGGACUAGUCAGCACUGGAAAUUAUUCAGUGAAUACUUUAUCUACUUCAGUUAUGGAUGGUCGCUGAUGUUCCAUAUAUAUUUCCCAGACAACAUUAAUAACGUUCUAUAUAUGUCCAUUGAUCCAUGAGGUUUUUAGGCCUUGUGGUUGUGCUAAAA